AUGCAGUUUGAAGAUAUUCUUGCUCAAAUCGGCGACGAGGGCCCCUUUCAGAUAUGGCUAAUGGCGUUGCUCCUCCUGCCCACCUCGCUCUUCAACCCCUUCUACGACUCGAUCAUUCUGAUGGCCACGCCAGAUCACUGGUGCCGCGUCUCCGACCUGGAGAAGCUGCCCCAGUCUGUGCAGCAGCAGCUGAUCAGGCCGGCGAACAGCAGCGGCAAGGACGCCACCUGCUUCCGCUACGACAUCAACUACCAGUCCAUUCGAUCGAUGACCGACCUGCAGAGCUACCUAGUCAGCUCCACCAACUACUCGACGCUGGGCGAGGUGCCGGUGGUGCGCUGCUCCGACGGUUACCUCUACGACCAGUCGCUCUACUCGGAGACGCCCAUCUCAUGGUACAAUUUUGUUUGUGAUCAUGACUACUACGCCAACAACAUUCUCUCACUGUCGCUAAUUGGCCUGGCCGUCCUGACGCCUAUCAUUUCAAAUCUUUCUGAUCGAUGGCUGCCCGAGUCUCCCUUCUGGCUCAUCUCCAAAAGACGCUACGCCGAGGCGUACAAAGAACUGGAGCGCAUCGCCAAGAUAAACGGCCGCCCAGUGCCGCCCACGCUGAUGAGCGACAUUCAGUCACUGGAGGACAAAAGCAUCGAGGAUGGCGUGGACGGCAAAGACAAAGAAAGCAACAGCAACCACAAGGACAACUUCACAGAGCUCUUUUUCCUGAAGGGCCUCCGCGGCAAAACGGUGAUCAUCACCUUUGUCUUCAUCGCCUGUCUGAUCGGCUACGGCGGCAUCGCCUACAACACCAUCAACCUGGAGGCCACUUCGCAGCUGUACAACUUCCUCAUCCUCUCCAUGGUGGACAUUCCCGCCCUCAUUCUCUUCUGGUACCUGCUGGACACUCGCCUCGGCCGUCGCUGGACGGACGUUUUCGGCCUGGCGCUGUGCGGCUUCGCCCUCAUAGCGCCCUCCUUUGCGCCCGAUCGGAACAGCGAAACGGUGCUCACCGUCUGCACGGUGAUCGGCAAGUUUGGCAUCGCCGGCGUGUACAUGGUCGUCUACCAGCACGCCUCAGAGCUCUUUCCUACCACACUGAGAAACCAAGGCAUCGGCCUCUGUGCCACCAUUUCUUCACUGGUCGGAAUUAGCGUUCCUCAGCUGGUGUACAUGGCCAAAUUCGGUGCCUGGAUCCCGCUGGCCAUCAUCGGCUCCAUCUGCCUGUUUGCCGCCUUUCUGGCCAGUUUCCUCCCCGAAACGCUCAACGAGUACCUGCCCCAACGCGCCUCUGAUUCGGCGGUGUUUGGCCAGGGCCGACCUUACUUCAGCCUGGCCACAAUGACUAAGGAGUCGGAGAAGAAGUCGGAGAAGCCAUCAUCAAUUCCGGUCAUUAAAAUUGAGCUUGACGCUGUUUCUACCAACAACAACAAUAAUAACAUUGUGGAAAACAAUGGCAAACUGGAAGCAGCUAACAAAUAG